AAGCCCACCAGGAAUGACUGCUUACGUACACUGAUAAUGGCGCAUAUCCGUAACCCAGGCAGCUAUACUGACUUGACCCACCCCAAGCAGGAAAGUUCAGGGUGAUGUCUUGAAUACUGCCUGACCUACCUCCGAGCACCCGGGGACUACUUAUCUCCCUCCUUCGACGCAUAGCUCAUCACCCAACCCAACCACCGCCCUCUGCUCUCACAGAAUGUUAGCCAGAAACGACAGAUCUGGACAUCCACGUCCUUCUAUUACUUGUUUCUGCCUGACGUCAUAGUGUUUUUCGGCUACGGUGUGCAUUAGAUUCCGCUGCCAACUCAUGCCGUACUUGCUUGGACCUUACCCCUAUCUGAAGCCCCUCAAGUACCAGAUGCACUCGCCUUGAAGUUAACCCCGAACGCUUUCUUUGCGGAAGGUAUGUGCAAUGGUGGCUAUCGUGCUCGAGUCUCACAGGAUGCGUACAGAUGCAGAGAGACGCCAAAGCCGAACGGACGCCGCUCCUGGCAUCGGUCCGCGAACUGCAGAGGCAGGUUGCGGCAGAAAAUCGACGUCUCAACGAGCUCACUCCCGUCGGAAGGCUUCCCUCUGAGCUGCUGGCCGAGGUGUUCAUGUAUCGAUCCGCCAGCUGGCACACUGGAGACCGCGAGUGGAUCCAAGUCUCGCGCGUCUGCCAUUGCUGGCGUGAAACCGCCCUUCAUUCUCGUGCGCUUUGGAGCGGCAUCUGCGCACUCGGAUCGAAAUGGACACGAGAGCUAUUGCUGCGAUCGAAGCAAGCCUUGCUAGAUGUCAUCGUCGACUACAGACAGGACGACGAAGUGAUUCCCCUUGUCCUUCGUGAACUGCAUCGAAUACGCUCCAUCGAAAUAUACAUCCAUCGUUGUGAUGAUUGUAACGGCCCCACAUGUGCACCUCUUCUGCGCUCGAUGAUCCUUUGCCGUUCUGAUUUCAGCCAUACGCCGCCCAUGGACCUGCUCAACAGGCUGGAGCUGCCGUCUCUGACGUACCUCAAGCUCAGUGAGGUACAGGUCCCAUGGACAACCAAUCUCUUUCGACCUACGUUGACCCAUUUGACAUUCCGCUUUCGCGUCAAAGAACCCGGGCUCGUCGACUGCGACUUGUCCAAGGUGCUCGAUGUCCUCCAUACCAUGCCUCAUCUGCAAUCACUGGAACUUGCGAACGUUCUGUCCGAUCCCGGCAGAGCUAACGUUGGGGCGGAUGUACAUGCUCAUCUUGCACAGCUGCGCCACCUCGUUCUCGUGACACCUGCAGCGACCAUGCGCCCCUUCCUCGAACAUGUUACGUUCCCCAAGGAGGCCUGCAUGAUCUCCAUUGGAUUCUCCGACACUGCCCUGGACGACGACAACAUGACACAAUGCAUACGCCUCGCCGCAUCCAAGUUCGCAGAAGAUACCCGUUCCAAGGACCCCGUCCGAACUCGGCUGACAUUCAGUCACAAUUACAUGGCCGCUACGGUGUGUGUCAAUCAAAGUGCCGAUUCUUUCGCCACAGCGUUCCGGGGUGCUCCUUCCCUUGUGGUGCGUGGGAUGCGGCUGGCCACAACGAAGGCGAGAUUCUUCGAGAUGGUCCGUCGCACCUUUCCUUUGCCGGAGACGAGCUUCUCUGUCAUCGACGUCGGCUACCAAGCUUGUGAUGGCCACUGGCCUCGGGGUGCUUGCGGACCGAUUCCCCCAUCUUCGUGAGGUCCAUGGCGCCGGUUCCCUCUACGUGUUUGCCACCAAAUCUUUCGAUAUUCUCUCGCUGCUUCAGACACUUCCCUUCAUGGAUAGGCACGGCGCACCGCACCAACAUGCUGCAGCGUUCAUGCAAGAUGAUGUUCCGUCGGCUUCGGCACCAAGCUCACCACUACAGCCGAGGACUGACCCUGAGGUCACCGCUCAGCUGGUUCCUGACCAAGAUUGGACGCUUUGAUGUCUGGGCUCGAAGAUAGUGUAGGUUGGCCUGAUUUCGUGGACUCUGGAUGGUUUGACAACCUCCAACUGUACUGUAGUUGUGAUAGUGGACGAGUGGUUAGGUAAGGCACGAAAUUGUACUCUUCGCUACGACUGUACUGGCAAGCACCAACGAACCAUGCCUUAUU